AUGGAACAGGGCGCCGUGUCCAUCCCGGUGCAGGGCUGGCGGGCACGGAGCAGCGAUGGCAGCUGGGGUUUGGGGUGCACGGUCUAUCUUGGGGGGCUGGCGGGCGUGGGCAGCGGGGGCACCCGUGUUUCGGGGAGCCGCGUCCAUCCCGGUGUCCCCCCGCAGCUGGAGCCGAACGUGGCGCGCGUGGGGCGCGUGGCAUCGCGGCUGUGCCAGGAGCUGCGGCUGGCGCGGCCGCCCGUGUGCCGCCAGGCCGUGCAGCUCUUCCAGCGCGACGUGGUGGCGGCCUGGGCGCGCUCGGUGCUGCGCCCGCCCGAGGCCUGCGGGCUCCUGCUGGGCCCCCGCUGCGGCCACUGGGACAUCCUGGGCGACUGGAACCUGUCCCUGCCCGCCGCCCCCAAGCCGCCGGUGCGGCCCCCCGCGCCGCCGCCGCCCGGCGCGCCCACCGCCCGCAUCCUGUUCCUCACCGACCUGCACUGGGACCGCCGGUACACGCCCGGCAGCGCCGCCGCCUGCCCCGACCCGCUGUGCUGCCGCGGGGCCCCCCGCGACGGGCCGGGGGCCGCGGGGUUCUGGGGCACCUACGGCAAGUGCGACCUGCCCCUGCACACCAUCGACGCGCUGCUGGCGCAGCUCCCCAACGCCAGCGGCCGCGCCGGCGACACCGGUAACGGCACCGGAGGGUUCGCGGCCGCGUACUGGACCGGGGACAUCCCCGCGCACGACGUGUGGCAGCAAAGCCGCGGGGACCAGCUGCGGGCGCUGCGCACGGUGACGGCCCUGCUGCGCGCCCGCCUCGGGGGGCUGCGCGUCUUCCCGGCCGUGGGCAACCACGAGGCCACCCCGGUGAACGCCUUCCCCCCGCCCUACGUGCGUGGGAACCAGUCGGCCGCCUGGCUCUACGACGCCAUGGCCGAGGCCUGGCGGGGCUGGCUGCCCCCCACCGCCCUGCGCACCCUGCGGGCCGGUGGGUUCUACACAGCGCAGGUCUGGCCCGGGCUGCGCCUCGUCUCCCUCAACAUGAACUUCUGCUCCCAGGCCAACUUCUGGCUCCUCAUCAAUGCCACUGACCCCGCGGGGCAGCUCCAGUGGCUCAUGGGGGUCCUGGCAGACGCUGAGCGUGAUGGGGAGAAGGUGCACAUCAUUGGGCACAUCCCCCCGGCCCACUGCCUGCGCAGCUGGAGCUGGAACUACUACCGCAUCGUCAGCAGGUUCGAGGGCACCAUCGCAGCACAGUUCUUCGGGCACACGCACCUGGACGAGUUCGAGCUGUUCUACGAUGAGGAGACGCUGUCACGCCCCGUCUCCAUCGCCUUCGUGGCACCGAGUGUCACCACCUACAUCAACCUCAACCCUGGGUACCGCGUGUACGAGGUGGCCGCUUCCUACCCCGGGAGCUCCCACGCGGUGCUGGACCACGAGACCUUCAUCCUGAACCUGACGGAGGCCAACGCGGCCCCCCCGGGGACUCCCCCCCGCUGGCAGCGGCUCUACGGGGCGCGCGAGGCCUACGGGCUGCCCGCGGCCUUCCCGGCCGACUGGGACCGGCUGGUGCGGCGGCUGCAGGACGACGAGCGGCUCUUCCAGCGCUUCUGGUUCCACCUGCACAAGGGGCACCCGCCCCGCGAGCCCUGCGGGGGCCCCUGCAAGGCCGCCCUGCUCUGUGCCCUGCGCUCCGGCCGCGCCGCGGACCCCAUGCUCUGCCGGCCCCUGCGCCCCGCCCUGCCCUUCCCACGCAUCCAGGAGCUCUGGAGACAGCGGCAGCUCUGCUGACACGGUCACACCGGGAGCGGGGUUGGACUCAGCACAUGGUCACACUGGGAGUGGGGCCGGGAGCGGGGUCGGCACAUGGUCAUGCCAGGACUGGGUUUGGUACUCACACGUGGUCCUCGCGUCUCACCAGAUGCACAAUAAAGGCACAGUGGGCCCCAC